UUUUUAUACAAUUCAUAAUGGGGUGUGGGUCAUCAACUACUGGAGAAGAGAAAGCUAAAGUUCAAAGAAACGUGCCAAAUGUCAGCAAUCCAAGGGGAAAUAAUCAGAACCCAAGUUCGAACGUUGAAAGAUCAUCUAAUGUUGAAAGGCAGAGAGAGUUAGAUAAUAAUCCAAACUUCUUUUAUAACGAAGAUCUGUUUGUUCAGCAGGCCAUGAGGCAGAGCUUAUUGGAUGAUCAACAAAAUCCUCAAAAUGUAAAUGAAGAAGAAGAGUUCAAUAAUAUGGUAAAAGAGACAAUUGUUGUUUCGAAGAAAGAAUAUGAGGAUAUUGAUAGGAAGAAAAAUGAGGAAGAAAUUGAGAGGAUCAAAAAUGAUCCUGCUGCACUGAACAAGAAGAUAAAGAAUAUUUUCUCUAGCAAUAAUGCAUUCAAAAAUGCGAAAAAGCUACCACCACUUGAGUUUGUGGGAAAGGGAAGAGGAUCGAAUCCUCUAAAGAAAGACUUACAAUCACUAAAGGCUCCUAUACUAAAUAAUCAAUCCCAACAGUUAGAUUUAAAUAAAGGAGAUGUCCGUGGGACUUUACUAAGCAUGCCAAAUAGCACGAGUGAGGUAGAUAUAAAUGAAGAUACUAAUUUCCAAGGAAAUAUUUCGAAACCUUCAUAUAAUCCCAAUCUUCUCAAAGACGAAAAGAAUAAGAACAAAGAAAAUCUAAUAUCUUUGGAAAGUAAAGAAUACGAGCAAUCUGAAUUGAAGCAAUAUGCACAAGAUGAGUUUAACAAAUCGAAAGGAAAAGCUCAUGAGCUAAAUUCAUUGAUCCACGAAUUAAAUGAUGAAGCUCCUAUGAAAUAUCAAAGAAAGAAGGAGCCAAGUAGACAGGUUGAGUAUAACGAGACUACAAUGGAUCAUCCAAAACCAGAAGAGAAGUUGAUAUCGAAUGAUAGCUUUGACGAUUUAAUGGAUGAGUUUGAUCCAAAUGAAAAAGAAGAUAAGCCUCCAGGAAUGGCUCAGAUACAAUUUGUGAACAAGCAAACACAUGAAGAUGAAUUUGAAUUCUAGUACAAACUCUAUUCAUAACUAAUAACCUUAUUU